UGACACUCGGCUACUUCCAAGAACCAAUGAUGCCUUCCCCAGUAAAACUCUUCAACCGUUAAAAUCCGAGGAAUUUUGGAUUUCUUUGUUUCUAGGGUUUACGACUUCCACAUCUUAUCCUUCUCGGCGGCCAAAUUCGAUACUGGUUUUCACCACGAUCCAAGUUCUUUGAGAGAGUUUGUCACGAGGCGGAAGAACCCUUUGAGAAUUCCAUGGCUAUGACCGAGUUUGCAAUGGAUCAAGCCAAGACUAGGGAAUCCAUCUUUCAAGCCACAAAAACAUCACAGUUGCAUCCUGUUCAGAACUUGCACAAACAAUUAGUUGCCAGUGGCAUAUUGAUGGACUCAGAAUUUUGGGCAGCAAGGAAGAUGUUGAGUUGGGAGACACAAGAACAGUGGCUGAAGCACUUGCAAGGGUUGUCUACUGAAAAUUCUGAUGAGAAUGUGCACAUGGAAAAGUCAGAGAGGGUUUGUCAUAUGACUGAAAUCGAGGAUCUUCAAGCACCUCAAAGUUUUCCAGUUGCACCACUCUGCAUAAAGGAUCCGCGCGAGUAUUUUGAUUCUCAACAGGCCAAUGCAUUGAGGGUCCGUUUGGAUCACGGAAUAGGAAUGGUAAUGGUAAUAGGAAUGGGAUAAGUAAUGGUAAUGGUAAUGGGAAAAGUAAUGGUAAUGGUAAUGAAAAAAAUGU